GUCAACAGUGAAGUUUAACUCUCUGUCAGUAGUCAGGUUGACGGCCCUCUGAUGAGGUCUUUAUGCCCUCCUCCCUGUAAUUCAGUUUUCGGUUCAGGUGGACACUCUGCAUCUCCACUAUCAAUAUGUCUCCAUCCACGUCCCCACGGUUCUUCACGGAGAGGGAGGUGGGCCGCCACUCUACCAAGGACUCCUGCUGGGUGCUUCUGGGGACCAGGGUGUACGACGUGACCUCUUUUUUGCGGAUGCACCCCGGCGGAGAGACGCUGAUACUUCGGCGGUCAGGGAAGGACGUGAGCCGGGAGAUGGAAGGACCCCCACACCGGCACUCGGAGAACGCCCGGCGGUGGAUGGAGCAGUACUACAUCGGGGAGCUGGACAGUGACAGCGGCACCGACGAAGCACAGACUCUGAGAGAGAGGAGGAAGGCCAGUGAGCAGACAGAAGGAACGAGAGCAGAAGAGACGACAGACAGGAAAGAGGAGGACGAGAAUGACGCGUACAACCGCUGCAGCUCUGUGGACCUGGACAAGGAUUUGGUGGACUGGCGGAAGCCCCUGGCAUGGCAGGUAGGCCACCUCGGAGAGAAAUAUGAUGCAUGGGUUCACCAGCCGGUGGACAGACCAAUCAGACUGUUUGGAAACCCCUUCCUGGAGGCCAGCACCAAGACUUCCUGGUACUGGGUACCAGUGGUGUGGCUUCCUAUUGUGUUUUAUUUCAGUUGGUACUGCUACACCACCCUGGCAAAGGGCACCACCAGGCUAGACCUCACUUCUGACUUCUCUAUCCCGAUCCAUAAGUACAUUUUCCCCCUGCUCUUUUUGAUGGGCUGGUUCAUGUGGUCGUUCAUCGAGUACUGCAUCCAUCGCUUUGUCUUUCACAUGAAGCCACCAGCCCAUAACUACUACCUCAUCACGAUACACUUCCUCCUGCAUGGACAGCACCAUAAGUCUCCAUUUGACGGCGCUCGGCUGGUCUUCCCCCCCGGCCUGGCCUCCCUAGUGGUGGGAAGUUUCUAUCUAAUCCUCUGCAGUACGCUCCCACAGGUCCUUGGGUCAUCUGUGUUUGUCGGAGGACUGUGUGGCUACGUCGUGUACGAUAUGAUCCACUACUACCUUCACUACGGUUCGCCAAAAAGAGGCUCGUAUAUGUACAGCCUGAAGGCCUACCACAUUAAACACCACUUUGAGCACCAGAGAGCAGGUUUUGGAAUCACCUCCACAUUCUGGGAUCACCCCUUCAACACAGUCAUCCCCGAUGAGAAAUUCUAACACAGAAAUGGCUCUCCUGAAGGGCCACAGGACUUAGCAACCAGCCCACAUGCUAAAUACACCCUUAGUCCAAUCUCUGCAGCCAUAGCUUUCCCAACCAAGGAGGAAGCUCCACCUCUGAGGACUCCUGGGCCACUGCAACUCAUCCAUACUUCCAUACUGUACUACAUAUCAUCUUGCUUUUUGAUUCCAGCCAUCAACACCCUUUUUGCCUAAGCUCAGUCAUGUGGGUGUGUUUCCGCACUGUGAUCAUUCCUGCACAGCUGAAAGGCCAUUUUCUUUUAUAACCAAACCAACAUCUUCUACUGCCAUGCUCUUCAUCACUCUGCUCUCACCAGCCAAGUCAUCACCUGAUAGCCAUUCACAACAUCAUAACUUACAGCUAGGAGGUGGGCCAUGGAGAGAAAGAGACGGAUACACACACAAAUAGAUGAACAGACACACUUACACAUGUGCACGUCUAUGUAUUUUGACUGUUGUGGUUUCAAUUAAUUUGAAGGAAUUCUAUUCUUUCCUUCAUAGCUGUAGAAUACUGUAGAGCACAUUCAAGAUCUCACUGAAGAAACUCGAAAAAUUAUCACAAUAAAUAAUCGCCAACAGCAUAACACAAAUGAAUGUAGACCCACACACACACACACACACACUUCCCGCAGAGGACAGAGGAAAAAGGAAGUGAUAGAUGGUCCUGAAUGUGGAAGACGGAGAAAGAAGGGGACUUGAAAGAGUGACAGAAAGUGUGUGCCCACAAUCUGGUGAACCAACACACGAAAGAAUCAUCUUAAUCGUUCCUCCAUCUGCAGCUUGAACUUUCCUCACCACUUUGUCUCUUUCUGCCAUCGGCCAUUAAGCUACGUAGCUUCACUACUACACUCUGUUACCCUGCGGGUUUGAAACAGUCAACUGAAGUUCCCUGCACCAUGUUUGGCCUCACUCUAGUUUCUUGGGAACCGAUGUGAACAGAAAACAUUUGGUUUCAGAUUUAAUUUGGAAAUUUAGAUUUAAUUUAUUAAUUAUCAGGAAAGCUGCAGAAGUGAUAUGAUACUGUCGGCACUAAUGCAAGAUGUGGAACAAAUAUUUAGUAAAAUGCUUUCUACAGAAGAGGGGAUUCACCAGCUUUACGUUUGUCAAAGUGAGCAGAUGUUUUCUUAUUGGUUAGACACUAAGCAAACAAUGAAUUUAGAUGUGAAGAUGGAUGGAUGUAGUGUGUUGUCAUGGUGUCAGAGGGACAGAGCUGAAGGCAUGAGGCCAGCCUGUUAGACUUCCUGCUGUGGGGAUCUCAGGGUCAAAGGUCACAGGGUUAGCUAGGUGACCAGAGGUUUUUUUCUCCAGGAAAAAUGUAUAAAGAUUUCAGACUAAGACUAAGCAGAACUUGGGUCUUUGGAAGAUGAAGGUGAGUUUUAGUCUCCACCUUCAGGUCUCACUCCAUCCAUUUAAAGCCACUGUUUUAGCGGCCUUUUAGAUCCCAGCAAGAUGACGAUGGAUGAACCAUCUGACUGCAGAGCAGGAGGUCUUGAUAGUGACUGGCGGAUCCUCAAAAUGUCUCUUCUAAACCCUCAACAACUACACUGAUAACUAAAGCAGAACAAACUUCAUUAAAACUAUUUACAUAAAUAGGUAGAGCACAGUGACAA